AUGUACCAAAUGACAACUGCUUUGGCUUCCUUUGGGCAACGCAACGCAGUGAAGUGGACUGGACUGGAGCAAAAACAAGAAAAUCGAGAAUGUGGGAGGGAGAGGGAGGAGGAUGAGACUCCUGCGGCGACGGAGAUUGGAUGCGUGAGUCAGUGUCUGCACAGCCGCAUCGCCUCCUACCUUGCCAUCAAUUCACAUGCCGAUAGCCGUUGUUUCCGUCUCUCGUACCUUCAAGCACGUGAUCUUGGAAUGGGCUUGUGUGUGCGUGCCACAGUGCGCGUAGCGACGCGCAGCCGCACUAACAAACGACUUCGCCAACCACGAUUGGCGCCUUCUUCACAAACGCUAAACAACGCCGCACCCUCUGCAGAAGACCAGAAACUUCGGGCUGACGUAUUUGAGCGUCUCCUUUCAACAGUCGACCUGAAAAAGGUUUCUCGUGAAUUUGUCCUUGACCUCUCUGCUUCAGGAUGCGUACUUAGUCGUUCGGAAGAAUGUAGAGAGCACCUCACUAAUGCUCAGAGUGAAGCCUGGAAAUGCUUCGACGCACCAACUGCGGUGUCUCUGAAGCCUUGUGCCGACCACAUCACCGGUGGCUUCACACGGAGAGGAAACAUCACCGACACAAUCUAUGCACUCGGGCGGGACAGAGAGUCGUCCGACGUCCAGGUAAUCGUGAAGCUGCCGCCGCCGCAGCUGCAGGCAGACAGAAAUGUCAGCGUCCGAGUGCCGUAUCGAGACGCCUGCGCGGUUGCUGUCUUUGAUGAUAGCAUCUACAUGCUUGGUGGAAGUGACGAUAACCGUGACGCGACGAAUCAAGUUGAUCGAAUAAACCCCCUGGAUGGUAGCGUCUCCAGUGUACCUUCGAUGACACUGCCCCGACGACGUCCAUCUGCUGCCGCAACUGACAGACACCUUCUGGUCUUCGGUGGAGAUAACGGGCUCGUCCUUCGACGAAUCGUCGUGGAGACCACUAUUCAAAGUCGAAAAUAUUUCCAAGCCAAAGCUUUUAGUGUUACCGCAACUAAGCUAAGCCCGUUGUACACUCUUCAGUUGAAUGAAAUAGACUAUGUAAAGCUGGAAUUUGCAAUGAUUUCUCGUUCUCUUUUUACUUAA